UCCGCUGGCUGCCGCUGGAGGCCAGUUCCCAGGUCACCAACCGGCUUCUCCAACAAUGAGGUCUACACCCUACACGACAGCUUGUUGGUGUAUAUGGAAUGGGUCCUGACCUCCUUAGCAUGGAACCAAGACCCCUGUGUGCAGUAUUACUUCCCUUCCCUCUUACACAGUGGUUCUCAACCUUCUGGCCUUUUAAAUACAAACAGAAGAGGAGGAAAAAAAUAAAACCUCAGGGACAAGAUGUUAAAUCCUCAGUCUGUUUCAUGAAGCAAACCAUCAGCAACACCUGUGGGGCCGCUGGACUGACCCAUGCGAUUGCCAACAACGAAGACAAGAUGCGUUUUGAACCUGGAUCCACCUUGAAAAAGUCCCUGGAGGCACCCGUGUCAGUGAGCCCUGAAGAGCGAGCCAGGCGCCUGGAGAGCGAGGGUGCUACUCGAGCCACCCGUGAGACCAGCGCCCACGAAGGUCAGCCCGAGGCACCAAACACAGAUGAGAAAGCAAAUCUUCCUUUUAUUGCCUUCGUUCACGUCGAUGGGCCUCCCUGUGAGUUGGACGGACGGAAGCCAUUUCCAAUGAACCACGGCGGAGCUGGCGAUGAGACGUUAUGA